AUGGUAAUAAAGCAUAAAGAAAAUGAUGAAAUGUUUAGGAUAAGGGAAUGCAGUGAUAGCAUCACUGCUGGUAGCACUGCUGGUAGCAUUGGUGGGGUUGCAGUGAUUGCAGCAUUAGCUGCAUUAUCGAUUAGCAAUAUGUCUGUCGAUGGUCAUUUUAGUGCAACCAUAUCGUGCAAAUAUCGUGCAAUUGGUGUACUCUCCGUGGAUGGGCCUUGA